CAUCCCCACCACCCACCCGCCCCAAACACUAUCCCACACGACAUUGGGCCGCCGGUGUUACAUAAAGAGCCGACGUCAGUCUCGGAGCGCCUGGGCGCCGGUCACUUCGGCCAGGAUUUGCGAGCGGUCAUGCAGGACGACGGCUCUGCCAAGCGCGUGGCCAUCGUCGGAGGCGGCCCGGUCGGAUCCCUCAACGCGUCCUACUUUGCGAAGCGUGGCUACCAUGUGGACCUGUACGAAGCCAGGGAAGAUAUCCGCACGGCCCUCCACUUGCGCGGACGCAGCAUCAACCUCGCGCUGUCCCACCGCGGCAGGGAGGCGCUGAGAGCCGUGGGGCUGGAGGACCGGAUCGUGUCCACCGGUAUCCCCAUGCACGGCCGCAUGAUCCACGCGCCGAGCGGCAAGCGGUCCUCGAUCCCGUACGGCAAGAAGGGGCAGUACCUGCUGUCAGUCGAUCGUGCGCUGCUCAACAAGGAGUUGCUCACAGCUGUGCAGAGCUACCCCAACGUGCACCUCCACUUCCAGCACAAGCUGGAGACUGCCGACCCGCACACCGGAUCCAUCACAUUCCGACGCUCUAGCGAGAAGCCGCUGCUGCAGGAGUCGUGCGACCUGCUGGUGGGCUGCGAUGGGGCCUUCUCGGCCGUGCGGCGCCAGGCGAUGCGCAACAUGCGCUUCGACUUCAGCCAGACGUACAUCCCGCACGGCUACCUGGAGCUCACCAUCCCGCCCACGGCGGCCAGGCAGUUUGCGAUGGAGAAGAAUUACCUGCACAUCUGGCCACGCAACACCUUCAUGAUGAUCGCACUCCCCAACAACGACCACUCCUUCACCUGCACGCUCUUCAUGCCCUUCGAGGAGUUUGAGUGCAUCACGGAGCCGGAGCACGUCCUCGACUUCUUCAGCCGAUACUUCCCCGACGCGAUCCCCCUCAUAGGCGUAGAGGAGCUCAAGAGGGAUUUCUUCCUGCUGCCAGCGCAGGCUCUGGUCUCGGUCAAGUGCUCUCCGUACCACGUGGGAACGCGGGUGGUCAUCAUGGGCGACGCGGCGCAUGCCAUGGUGCCCUUCUACGGGCAAGGCAUGAAUGCCGGCUUUGAGGACUGCUUGGUGUUUGAUGAACUAAUGGAGGAGUUCAACUGUGACCUCGGCAGGGUCCUCCCGGAGUUCAGCCGACUGCGGGCCCCGGAUGACCAGGCUAUCGUGGACCUCGCCAUGUACAACUACAUCGAGAUGAGGGCCCACGUGAAUUCGCGCUGGUUCCUAUUCCGCAAGCGCGUGGACAAUCUGCUGUACCUGCUCAUGCCGGGAACGUUUGUGCCCCUGUACACCAUGGUGACGUUCACAAGAAUACGCUACCACGAGGUUGUGAAAAAGUGUAAACUGCAGAACAAGGUGGUGAACUCGGCGCUGUUGGGCAUCGGGGUGCUGUCGGUGCUGUCGGCAGGAGCCUGGGUGGCGACCCGUAUCCGUGGUCAUCCCGACUCAAGCCUGUUGCUCCUCUGGGAGCUGCCCCGUGCCCUCCAGUCCAAGAUCAUCCCCGAGGGCUGGCUGGGAUAGCCGACCUGCACAUACCGGGAGGCUCAUCCUGAGCACCCGUUGAAGCACAGGUUGCACCACUCCCAAACCUGUUUGGGUGGUGCCGCUUGUUUCGGCACGACGUCCGAUGUAUUGAUCCAUGUGCCCGGCAGCUCCUGAAAUUCAGAUUCAUAAGCUCUCUACACGCAGAAACGUCGGCAAUCGUGCAACAACAAAAAAAACCAUGCAGCAAGACCUGAAAAUGCUUCGGAGAGUUAUACAGGGCAGCUGCGGAAACCUGCACAGGAGUGCAUCUUAAAGCAGCAUUUUUCAACCGGUGGUACCAAUUCUGCAGACUGCAAUUUGCGGUUCUAUUGCGGGAUUGACAAUGUCACCAAAACAAUUAGCACCAUGCCGCCACCAACUUGAAAUUCUUUAAUGUUUAACAGUGGAGGCAUUGUUGUAUUCUCGGAUGCAAUCCAUGUGGCAUUGGUGCAUAAAAAAGUUGCAUAACACCGCCUUAAAGACAGGGAGCCAAAAAUCAUGACCAUACAAAUGAGCUGUUACUUGACAAGUGUUCGCAAAUUAAAUCCGUUCUUUCAGCAAUUAAUGCGAAUGACUACAUUUUUUUUAUCGCUGUUUUAUUGCAGAUUUCAUUUAUGUAUUUUGCGAAGUAUACAGCAUUUCCUACAUAAAUAAAAUAAGCAAAUGUACAGCAACACAACCAUGAAAUACUUUUAAAAUGGAAGUUCAGACCAUUUCAACUGUAUGGGAAAGCUUCAUUUUCCAACGUUGAACAUUUUUUUUUACACACGUCCAAUAUUUAUCUUUGAUUGAUCAAAGUAUUAUAAACAUCCUUAGUCUUAAAGAAUAACAGGUUUUACAGUUUGCCUUGUAAGUAUGGCACGGGCUGUGCUUAACCAAGCAACUCAAUUUACCAACUUGAAUUUGUGCAGCUUUGCCCUGUAGAUGUCCACUGAAUAAGGUAAUGGCCACAUUAAUCCAGAUG